CUGUAAGGACGUGCUUCGUUUUGAAGCAACUGUUCAUUUAUUGCCAAUGGAGAUUUUGGAUCCUAAUGGCAUCAAAAUCUACAAUAUUUCUGCUGGAAAGUCUAUUCCGCAGUGGAUCCUAGAAAGGAAAAAAGAAAAACCUUUAAAGAUAUCGGACAAGGAUCAGCUUGAGUUGAUUCAAGAUUUUGGAUUUCCGACGGCCGCUACAAAAAUCAAACAGAGCGAAGAUGGGCAAUGCAUUAUGGCUGCAGGAGUAUAUCCUCCUAUGAUUAAAGUCUUUAGUACCUCAGAUUUGUGCCUAAAAUUCAAAAGACAUAUGGAUGCCGACAUUGUUCAAUUUAAGGUUUUGUCCCCAGAUUUUUCAAAAAUGGCUUUUUUACGUGCAGAUAGAAUUUUGGAAUUUCAUGCAAAAUUUGGUACUUACUACAAAACACGCCUGCCGAACUUCUGUUCGGACUUGGCCUAUCAGUAUGCGUCGUGUGACCUAUUUGCCGUGGGAACGUCCCCAGACAUAUACAGAUUCAAUCUCCAACAGGGACGAUUCUUAAAGCCUUUUUCCACAGGUAUGAAUUCUAUCCAGUCUUGCACCAUCAACCCGGCAUUCGGGAUACUUGCAGCUGGUGAUUCACUUUAUAACAUCGAAUGCUGGGAUUCAAGAGAUAGGUCGCACUUGGCAUCAAUGAAAAUUAAUUCUGAGAAAUUUUUCUCUAAUAACUACCUUUUUAAACCGUCUGUCACGGGUAUUACUGCCCUCAAGUUUAGUGAAAACGGGCUUACGCUUGCGGUCGGAACUUCUACGGGGCAUUGCUUGCUAUAUGAUAUUCGAUCAAAUAUCCCUUAUCACGUCAAAGAUCAUCAAUUUGAUGUCCCUAUCACAUCCAUUCAUUUUCACGAAACCACCAAGAAUGUCGUUAGCUCUUGUAAGAAAAUUGUCAGGGUCUGGCAUCGAGAUACAGGCGCCAGUUUUUUCAACAUCGAACCAGGUUGGGACAUUCAUGAUACUUCUGUUGUCAACGAUACCGGCAUGCUUUUGAUUGCUGGCGAAAGUCCGAAGAUGAAUGUCUACUAUGUCCCAGAACUUGGGAGACCUCCAAUAUGGGCGAGGUUCUUGGAAAACAUAACAGAAGAAUUAGAGCCAGAUCAACAAAAAUAUGUCUACCAGGACUACAAAUUUGUCACUAGAGAAGAAUUAGAACGUCUAGGUAUCGAAAAGCUAAUUGGAACGCCAUAUCUUCGAGGGUAUAUGCAUGGUUACUUCAUUCACGCUAAACUUUACUCUAAACUAUAUCAAGUUGCAAAGCCAGACAAAUACGAAGAAUACUUGAAGAAACAAGUUCAAGAACGUUUGGAAGCUAAACGUGCAGGACGCGUUUCCUUGACUAUCCCACAACAAAAUUCUGAAGUCAAAAAUCUGUCCAAUUCGAAGACCACUUCUCCAGAAUUAGCCGUUCCUCUUAAAGAAUCUCAGGUCAAUUCAAAAAACCGAGCAUUUCUUGCUUCACACCCUAAAUCUUCUACUUUUUCAUUUGAUGAACGUAACGCAGAAUCUCCCCUGUCUGGUUCUUACAGUCAAGCUAGUCUUCCAUCUAAUUCCUCACAGCCUACAGAUGAUAUUUUUGAAUGGAACAAGGACUUUUUUUACCCAGACUUUGGAUCUAAAGCGUCUCAUAAAGAAUAUAUUUCUCAUCAUUCAAAAUGCGAUUUACCCUCUUCUGCAAAUGCUCCUCGACUUCUGGAAGUCACCGAAGAUAAUUUUUUGGCGCCUCAGUCUCUUAUUCGAGGACAGGCCAAUCGAAUUCACACUUCCUUCGAAAAGAGGCUUUGCUUUGACGAGGCCAAACAUGGAGAUUUGGAGAAUCACCGCGAGGUACCCAUGGAGCCUAUGGUUAUGAGCUUCACAUCAGAACCAAAAAAAAAAAAACUUAAACAACUGAAACAAGCCACUUCUCUUGACCGACGCAAACGAAAAAUGGUUCACUAAAGUUAUGAGUCUAUUUCGACGACAUGAGAUUUGGAAUGGCUGCUCAAGUUUUGAACCGAAUAUAAAAGAAGAGUAAAGAAUUCGAGAAAAAAAAGUUUAUUCCUGUCGAACUUGUGGCACAAUAACACUUUUUCUGUUCUUUUUCAUAUUACAAUGUAAAAAUUAGAAGGAUCCUCCAUCGCUUUUCUUAAUUCAAAUUCAAGUGAACGCCCUCAUUUACUAGCGCUUGAAUAGAACCACAGGUAAGUGAUUAACUAUAAUUAACAAGCGCCUUGCAUAUCGAGUACGAAUAUUCACUCUCAACAGCUUACAUGCUCUUUCCUUCUUCUCCGGCUAUUUAAGGUUCGGUUGGCUUAUCUCGCUCACAGCAAGCGCGUUAAUACGGAACCGUGUAUCGAAGCCCAUAUGUGAUUAAUUCAAUGCACAAAAAUUGCAAGUGGCAAAAAAUGCUAAAGUAUAGCAGUUUUUCCUUUUUCCAUAAUAUCUUUAUUGUAGGUUGUGUUUUUUUAAUCCAAGAAAGCUUCCCGUAUUAGAUUUUUCAAAAUCAGGUAGGACCUCGUUGAUGAAAAUAUCAUCCUAUACAUAUUACGUUAGAGCACACCUAGAAAGAACCAAAAUGCGUACAUUUCAAUGUGCUUUAAAUUCUAGGUUACGUUAGAAUUGAACGAAUUUUUUUUUACUAUGCUGCUAAAAAAUUCAGAUUACACGAAUACUAUUAAAGAUGGUUUGUAUUCCAAAUUUAAUAAAGUUUCCUUGCAUCAAUCAGAUGUCUGCACAUUUAUUCAGCUAUAUUUGGACGUUCUGAUGUGAUUGCUGCGUCAGGUGCUCAG